AUGCUCCAUGAGCUCAUCCAGAAUCUUUAUGCAAGAUUUAGGUUGGCCAGAGAGGCUGAAGACAUCCAACGCGAGCAUUCAUGGCAAGAUGCAAUCAAGGAAAAUGACAUCCAGUACUACGAUGCCAAAGCCGACUCGGAUGUUAUGGAUGAUGAUGAUGGAGAAAAUCUGUUGGAUAAUCCAAACUCCCUGUCGCUGGAGUUUGUGGACGAUCCGAACUUUAAGAAUAAAGUCAACUACUCGUAUACGGCUGUACAGAUUCCUACUGACAUCUACAAAGGCUCUCCGACGAUCCUGAAUGAGCUAAACUGGACUCAGUCUCUGGAGAGAGUCUUCAUUGAGAACAGUCGAGAGGAUCCGUCACUACGCUGGCAGGUCUUCGGCAGCACCACCGGAGUCACCAGAUACUAUCCAGCCACUAAAUGGAGAGCACCUAACAAGAUUGACCUGUAUGAUGUGAGGAGACGACCGUGGUACAUCCAGGGAGCAUCUUCUCCAAAGGACAUGGUGAUCAUCGUGGAUGUGAGUGGGAGUGUCAGUGGACUCACGCUUAAGCUCAUGAAAACAUCGGUCAUUGAAAUGCUGGACACACUUUCAGAUGAUGACUAUGUAAACGUGGCUCGGUUCAAUGAGAAGGCGUACGCUGUGGUGCCGUGCUUCACCACGCUGGUCCAGGCUAACAUUAAAAACAAGAAGAUCUUCAAAGAAGCGGUGAUGAACAUGCAGGCCAAGGGAACCACAGACUACAAGACCGGCUUUCAGUUCGCCUUCGACCAGCUGUUGAACGACACCAGCGCUCCUCGAGCAAACUGCAAUAAGAUGAUCAUGAUGUUCACAGACGGCGGCGAGGAUCGAGCUCAGGACAUCUUUGAGAAGUACAACUGGCCCAACAGAACAGUGAGAGUUUUCACCUUCUCUGUGGGUCAGCAUAACUAUGACGUCACUCCCCUGCAGUGGAUCGCCUGUUUUAACAAGGGUUACUACUUUGAGAUCCCUUCCAUUGGAGCCAUAAGAAUCAACACACAGGAGUAUUUGGAUGUUCUGGGACGGCCGAUGGUGCUGGCUGGAGAACGGGCUAAACAAGUGCAGUGGACUAAUGUUUACCAGGAUGCUCUGGGUUUGGGCCUCGUCAUUACCGGCACAAUGCCAGUCUUCAAUCUCACGGCUGAUAGAGACACAAAACUGAAUCAGUUGAUGCUUGGUGUCAUGGGUGUAGACAUCGCUCUCAAUGAAAUUAAGGAACUCACACCGCGGUAUAAGCUUGGAGCCAAUGGAUACACGUUUGCCAUAGAUCCCAAUGGAUAUGUACUGCUACACCCAAACCUCCAACCUAAGAUCAUUAACUUCAGAGAGCCGGUCACACUGGAUUUCUUGGAUGCUGAACUUCCAGACCGCAACAAGGAGGAGAUCCGCCGUCAGAUGAUUGAUGGUAGAGGAGGACAGAGGAAAAUCAAGACUCUGGUCAAAUCUGUGGACGAGCGUUACAUUGACGAGUCCCAGAGGACGUACAUAUGGAGUCCAGUGGAGGGCACAGAUUACAGUCUUGGUUUAGUUCUGCCGUCGUACAGUGAAAACCACAUACGGGCCAACCUGAGUGACCAGAUCCUCCAGGUCCAGUAUUUUGAGUCUCUGCUGCCAAACACUUUUGAGUCAGAGGGACAUGUGUUCAUUGCCCCCAGGGAAUAUUGCAAAGAUCUGGAGCUUUCCAACAACAACACCGAGUUCCUGCUCAACUUCAUCGCCCUGAUGGAGAAAGUCACACCAGACUCCAAACAAUGUGACAAUUUCUUGCUGCAUAACCUGAUUUUGGACACAGGCAUCAUUAAACAGCUGGUCGAUCGAGUCUGGAAGAUCAACGACCUCAACACGUAUGGCUUUCUGGCAGUUUUUGCGGCCACAGAUGGAGGAAUCACUCGAGUUUUCCCCAAUAAAGCUGCUGAGACCUGGGAAGAAGAUUCAGAGCCGUUUAAUGCUAGUUAUUACCGUCGCAGUCUGGACAACAAGGGGUACAUCUUCAGAGCUCCAUACCGCACUGCUAAUGAUGACAUCAUGAAUCCAGAGAACGACACCAUUGGCAUUCUAGUGAGCACAGCAGUGGACAUUACGAUGGGCAGCAGAAACCUCAAACCUGCAGUCGUUGGUGUGAAGCUUGAUCUUGAGGCUUGGACUGACAAAUUCAAGAUCCUUGCGAGCAACCACACCGACAGCAACAGACUGAGCUCACAAACGUGUGGACCAACCAGUGGCUGUGAAAUGGACUGUGAAGCCAACAGUGAUGAUUUGCUGUGUUAUCUGAUUGAUGACGGCGGCUUCCUCAUCAUGUCCAAUCAGAAGGACCACUGGUAUAAGAUCGGCAUGUUCUUCAGCGAGGUCGACCCAACGCUCUUCUACGCCCUCUAUAACAACUCCUUCUACAGACGCAAGCAGUCGUUCGACUAUCAGUCAGUGUGUGACCCUGUUCCCAGCAGCAACACCGGCGCCGCACCGCGAGGAGUGUUCGUGCCUACAAUUGCAGACGUAUUAAAUGUUGCCUGGUUGACGUCAGCAGCCGCCUGGUCACUGCUGCAGCAGAUGCUGUAUGGAUUCGCUUAUCAGAGCUGGUUCAUGACAGAUGAAGUCGAUGCUGAGGGAUUUGAGUAUAAAGAGACGAGCUGUGUGACGGUACAGACGCAGUUUUACUUCAGCAACGUCAGCAGCUCCUACAACAUCCUGCAGGACUGCGACAACUGCUCCAGGUUAAUUCACGCUAAGAGAAUAAACAACACCAAUCUGCUGUUUGUGGUGGCUGAAAGACUGUCCUGCAACUCCUGUGAGAUCGAGAAACUGUCUCAAGUGGAGACGGAAUACAAAGAAACAAAAGCAUGCGAGACAAUAGCUGCACCCCGAUACAGAAAAGGAACUACGAGCUGUUUCGACUACAGUGUUUUAGAGAACACAUCAGACUGUGGACGAGGCCACUCGUUCCGCCCCUCCCUCUAUACUUUACUCCUCCUCCAGCUCCUCCUCCUUUCUGCUAUGGCCCGCCCCUCUGUUUAACUCCGCCCUCCCGUCUCGUCUCCCUCUUCUCGUCUCCUUAAUUGCGCAUUUCUCUUUUCUCUCCCCGUUGCUCUAGUCAUAGGUAAUUUAAAGGGACUUCCUCCUGCCCUUAUAUGGAAGCCCAGUCGUACUGCUUCAUCCACUUAGCUUCACAGGUUGUUGCUUAGUGACCGUUGCAGAACUCUUGUCGUCUCCUGCCAAUCAAGAGCAUUCGUGGGAGGAGCUAAAAAGUGUCUUUACGAAAACGAUGAGAAACAGACGGCCAUCUUGGAUCAACAAGUGGAGACGUGGUGGAGAAUGACACGGACUGUUCCCUACUGCCUCCGUGGCCAUAAGGGGUGGGGUUUAGCUUGACUCAACCUCCAAAAGGGGAUCAUCAUGCUCAUCCCGACAUUACGACGCCGUCUAGCUUCUGGUAAUAAGAAAAUAUCAAAAUAAGAGCAGAACUUUCACAAAAAAAAUAUCUAAAUAUAUAUCAUCAAUACUGACAUGUGAGUAUUAUAAAACAUACCUCCGUAUAUUAGGGUAUUUAACGAGAAAGGGAAGAUGAUAGAUGCUAUUUAUUCGAUUCUCAUUUGUUUAUUUAUGCACUAUAUCUACUUCUUGCCAAAAUGAGACUUGUCGUGUGGUCUGAUUUUUCUAGCCAAAUUAGGAGGUAGGAAAACCACAGAAAAAAACCAACAAAACAAAAAAAAAGUAAGAGAAAGUAGAGAAAUAAAAGCGGUAUCGCAUUAUUCCUUCAUCCGUCAC